AUGGAGACAAUCGCCGAAGAUGAUGGAGCCCUAGACCGAAUCAACAAGUUGCCAGAGUCGCUCCUCGCUCGAAUUAUCUCUCUUUUGCCGUCGACGAAGAAUGCUGUCAGGACAUGUCUUGUCUCAAAACGGUGGCAGUACCUCUGGACUUCUAUUGAUAAUCUCACUUUACUUUGUGAUUCUCCAUCAGAAGCAGAAAUAUGCGUACCCUUCGUAGACUACGCAUUUGCUCAACGUAUUUCUUCGAAAAUAAGAAAAUUUUAUCUCGACUGCUGGGACAUGCUUAGUUACAGCUUGCAUAUCGAUCAGUGGCUUACUUAUGUUAUAAAUAGUAAAGUGGAACAUGUUGUAUUGAACUCAACCUUUUUUAAGGUGUACAUAUUGCCUCAAUCAUUUUACACUUGCUCGUCAUUGGUAACAUUGGGUUUACGUAAUUGUGCCUUUGAUAAGGGAGUUGUUAUAUCGUGGAAAUCUCUGAAGACGGUGAAGUUUAUGACAGUGGAGUUAGACGAUGAAGCGAUUGUGAAGUUAUUAACAGCAUCUGGAAAUUAA